AUGAAGAACCGAAAUGAGAAAUUUUCAGGGAAGUGGAUUGUCAUUCUCUGCAUAUCCAGCUUUGCGUUUGGAAUGUUCUUCACAAACAGGGUGUGGUCUACUCCAGAAUCAUACGGUCAAAUGAUAUCAAGGGAACGAUAUGAAGAAGAUUUGCGAAUCAUCUCCGAUAACUGCAUGUUCAGGCGGAAGCGUGGAGAAGAUAAGGAUCUUAUGGGGGAGGUUUUUAGAACCCAGGAAGCAAUUAAGUCAUUGGACAAGACAAUUUCGACGCUUCAAAUGGAGCUAGCUGCGGCCAGAAGUGCUCAGGAGCUAGGGAAUCCUGAUCAUUCUCCUUCACAGUUAUCAUCUUUUCAUGAUAUCCCACCAAGAAAGAAGGUGUUUAUGGUUAUUGGUAUAAACACUGCAUUCAGUAGCAGAAAGAGGCGAGAUUCUGUCCGACUGACCUGGAUGCCUCAAGGUGCAAAGCUCCGACGACUAGAGAAAGAGAAGGGAAUUGUUAUCAGGUUCAUGAUUGGGCACAGUGCAACAACCAACAGCAUUUUAGAUCGGGCCAUUGAUUCUGAAGAUUCCAUCCAUAAUGACUUUCUUAGGCUGGAACAUGUUGAAGGUUACCAUGAACUCUCUGCAAAGACAAAAACUUUCUUCUCCACUGCUGUUGCAAAAUGGGAUGCAGAAUUCUAUGUCAAAGUGGAUGAUGAUGUCCAUGUUAAUUUGGGCAUGCUAGCUACAACUCUUGCCCGCCACCGUUCAAAGCCUAGAGUCUACAUGGGAUGUAUGAAAUCUGGACCCGUUCUUUAUCAGAAGAAUGUUAAGUAUCAUGAACCCGAAUACUGGAAGUUUGGAGAGGAGGGAAAUAAAUACUUUCGGCAUGCAACAGGGCAAAUCUAUGCAAUCUCAAAGGAUCUGGCCACAUACAUAUCAAUCAACCAGCCCAUACUGCACAAGUAUGCAAAUGAAGAUGUAUCACUUGGUGCUUGGUUUAUUGGUCUUGAAGUUGAGCACAUUGAUGAACGCAAUAUGUGUUGUGGGACUCCACCAGAUUGUGAGUGGAAGGCGCAGGCGGGCAAUGUUUGUGUUGCAUCAUUCGAUUGGAGCUGCAGUGGUAUUUGCAAAUCAGUGGAGAAGAUCAAGAAUGUUCAUUCUAGAUGUGGUGAAGGUAAAGGAGCUAUUUGGAAUACUCUACUCUAAUUUAUUGGGAUGAUGGGGCUUUUGAUCAAUCUUUGUGGGAGAUCGGUUCAAGUUUUGCCACAAAAGAAAGCCAAGGUUGAGCUAGCUAACUUGAAAGAAGCAUCAAUUGGCAGUUUUGACAUUUGAGAUAGAGAAACAAUGCAAUUCCAUAUAAUCUCCAUUUGGUCUAUCCAUGCCCAUCAUUUCUUGAUAAGGCACUAAAAGUUGGUAGCUGGGAUCUAGGGUCCCUAACAGUUUGAAAUCUCUUUCAACUGGUAAGUGUUGUUUUGAUCCAGCUUACAUUUUGCUAUAAGAAUGAAUGUUCCAGAAUUGUAUUCUUUCUGGAUUUGGGAGCAUGCUAGGAUAUUUACAGAAGGAAAACUAUUCUUUCAAAUGAGGCUCACUGUAUUUUGGUCACUCUAUGUACAAACAAGAUUGAUUUGUACAGGGGUCUAUUUAGCUCCAUUUUCAUUGGC